AUGGCAAAUAUCUUUGUGCGGUCUACGAAGGAUCAAGCCGACCAGUUCUACCAACCCGCCGAUCCAAACCCAGGCCUUCCAUUGGGUACCCAACACCUGGAGUUGGUGAACCUGGAGCUUUUGCCGGGCGUAAAUGGCUUGAUAGUGGGGACUAGUUGCAUCUACUGGGGGCCCCAGGGUCUGCAGGCUUAUACGGGUUCAUUGGCUAACUGGCCUACUAGUGACAUAGACGCUUAG